AUGAUUUGUCUGUACUGUGAUAAUCGCCAAGAUAAGUGCACGUGCAGAGCACCGAUCGAAAAAUGUUUGUGCUGUGGGUUGCCAUCAGAUGUUUGUGACUGCCAAAAUGAUGAAGAUCACAGUAAUAACCGUGGAAGAAUUGCCAGAAAGCCGGAUGAGGAUCAAUCAAUCCGGGUUACCAGUUGGAAGCCGAAAAGAGAAAUUAGGCGAUAUUUCGCGAGAAAUCUAGAGGACUUUCGAUCAGAUUCUAUCGAAGAGUGUCACUGCUACGAGAAACCGAAACGACAACGGCGCGAGAAACUACCUUAUCAGCGGUUGAAUAUCUUCUCGGAUGUGAUGAACGAACUACAGCAAAAGAUGAGCGAGUCCGUAUGCUGUUCACGAUGCUGGAGAAAUCCGUGUUGCUGCGGAUCGCAGAUUGAAGAUAAAGGAAAAGAAAAAUGGAAAGCCAAUGUUGGAUAUCAUAAAACAGAAAAGUCGCCAAAAGCAAGUCGCCGAAUAAUUGCCGAUUGAGUCCAAGAAACGAACAUAAAAACAUUGUUAAAAAAUCAAUAUUAGUUCGACAUAUUGGUUGCGUUUGUAAAUUGUCGCCAUGCAGAUGCAGGAAAAACGGAUUAUACAAAAAACCACUGGCAAAAUGUUAUUAUUGCAAAAGUUUGCCUUGCAGCUGCGUUAUAGCAGGUAGCCCGGUAACCGAGGCUGUGCAAGUGCAGUGAUUCAUCAAAUCGUACCGAACAAAAGCGAAGACGAAAAAGGUUCACCAAUUUCAGAAACAAAUAUGGAAAUGUUUCAGUGU